CUCUCCACCUUGUUUUUGAUUUUCCUCCCUCGGGAAUAUUCCAGGCUGCUAUCAACCGUCCUGAGUGAGAUUCGAUGACGACUCCUCUAAAUAUCAAGUGUGAGACGUGUACCAAUUUAAUUAUCUACCCGGGAUCGAGACAAACAGAGAAAAAAGCCGGGGGAAAAAACAUUUCCGAGCUAUUUGUUUUCUGAAGCACACAUUCAAAGUGUUUGAUGGUCUUAGGGUUUGUUCUUCAGCACUGAAAGUUGGAAAAUAAUGCCAUGGAGAGAGCUGGAAAUGAAGCUAUGGAAGUUCGACUGGAUUGGAAGGCGGAGUUAGCAGCACUCGAACAGUUCACGACUGAGUUGUACACCGCUAAAGGGAAAGAGAAAGCGAAAGGUGAAAGAAAAGUUGUAUGGGAGAAGUUUCUUCCACGGCGGUCUCUGAGAGUACUACUGGCGGAGGCUGAUGAUUCCACGCGCCAGAUUGUCAGUGCUCUGCUGUGUAAUUGCAGUUAUCAAGUAACUGCAGUUGGAGAUGGGCUGCUAGCGUGGGGGCUUUUGGAAGAUCCAAGCAAUUGUUUUGACCUUGUGUUGACAGAGGUGGCUAUGACAUCGCUCUCUGGAUUCAACCUUCUCUGUAAGAUCAUGAGUCAUGAGAACUUGAAACACAUUCCUGUGAUAAGUAAGACACAUUUACUCAAACCGUCAAACGUUUUGUCAUAUGUUGACUUUUUGUUUUUUAUUAUGAAAGCUACUGCAGUAUUACUCUCCAGCAAAAGGCGUCUACAUUUUUUUUCCUUGUUGCAUGCAGUGAUGUCAUCCCUUGAUUCUAUGAGCAUAGUUUUCAAAUGUUUGACUAAGGGUGCUGUGGACUUUCUUGUUAAACCUGUUCGGAAGAACGAGUUACAGAACUUAUGGCAGCAUGUCUGGAGGAGGUGCCAUAGUUCAAGUUGCAGUGGUACUGGAAGACAGAACCAAAAUGCUGCCCAGAGAAAGAAUGAAGCUGGAUAUGAUAACAAUACUGACAGUAUUGUUGGAAUUGAGAAUGCAAGUGGUGGUUUGGAUAUCAGAGAAGGCAGUGACAAUGGAAGUGGUACACAAGGUUCAUGGACCAAUCAACAUGAAGUUGAAAUUUCAUAUCAGAGAGGUAAAUGGAAGCGACAUCAUGGCAGCAAGUUUGCUCAGGCUACACAGAUGAAGAAUGAGAAGACACAGAAUAACUGGAUGCAGAGUGUGAAAACUUAUGCAAAAGCUUGUGAUGAUGCAAUAGGUCAGGAUCUGGUAAUUGCUGUUCCUGGACGAGUUCCCACACAUAUGGAAUGCCUUCGAGAGAAAAGUACUUUUCAUGAUCAAUCUUGUCAAAACCAAGAAGUUGACUGCUCAGCAAGCUGUGGAGAGGGUGACCAUCUAGGUGAUGAAUCUGUUAAAGAGGGUAGUGAGCCAAAGGCUAUUGACUUGAUUGGAAAGAUGGGCAGUGAACCUCAUUGCAGGAAUGGGGAUAAAGAAGAUAGUAGGAGUGGAGAAGAACUGGAGCUUACUCUAAAUCGUCCACGAGCUAAUUGGAAUGAAUAUAGCAAGCUCAAAGACAAAUGUACACUUAGACAGUCAGAUGCUUCUGCAUUUUCAAGGUAUAACGUGGGUGACAUACAUUUUUCAUUUCCAUGGGGUGGUUCCUUUCCAGUUAAUUUAUACCCGAAAAACAAAGUGCAAUAUUAUGUCUCUUCUGAAAACACUGGAUCAUUACAUUUGAGAGUCCCAUUUGAGCAGUUGGGUUGUUCAAAGCGAAGUAGUGGUGAUGCUCCUGAUCAAUAUCAAUUAUCACAUAGUGCCAACAAUCAAGAUAAGGGCUCUUCUGGUCAAGCUGCUUGCCCAAGCUCUGUGCCGAUGAAAGAUGAGACACCUGUGUCCCUGCCAAUGGGUGCAGCUAUACCCAUAUCACCUGGUUCCUUUCCAGUUAAUUUAUACCCGAAAAACAAAGAGCAAUAUUGUGUUUCUUCUGAAAACACUGGAUCAUUACAUUUGACAGUCCCAUUUGAGCAGUUGGGUUGUUCAAAGCGAAGUAGUGGUUAUGCUCCUGAUCAAUAUCAAUUAUUACAUAGUGCCAACAAUCAAGAUAAGGGCUCUUCUGGUCAAGCUGCUUGCCCAAGCUCUGUGCCGAUGAAAGAUGAGACACCUGUGUCCCUGCCUAUGGGUGCAGCUAUGCCCAUAUCACCUGGAAUUAUCUCCUUUGAUGGUGUACCACCACCAUAUGGCACUUCAUUGCAUCCCAUGUUCUAUUCUUAUCCAGGGGUUCCUAUAUGGGGUUCAGAUACACCACUCAAAGCAGAGAGAGAAGAUGCUCGGGAUAAUUCUUCUUAUCACGAGCCACAUUGUGUUCCCCUUCAUGUUCCUGAUCAUUCUCGUCAUUACAAUCACCUUCAUCACCACCACAUUCAAUAUCAUCACCAUCAUCAUCACCAUCACCACCAUGAAAGGCAUGAACAUAAGAAACAUGCUAGACAAGAUGAAUGUGCUGUAGAUAAUGCAGCUACAACAGCUCAGGGUGGUUCGUAUAUUAUGACCAGGAAUACUCUGAGUCUGGGUGGUAAUUGUGGGGAGAGUGGAAGCAGUAAUGGUCAUGGAAGUAAUGGUGAUGCCGAUAGAAGUGCAUCUGGAAGCAACAACAAUGGAAUCAAUGUGCCUACUGGAAAGAGCACUGUUGCUGUAAUUCCUGGAGCCAAUGGGGGCAGUGGGACUGGCAAUACAAGUACUACUGGCAGUGGAGUUGAAAACAACCUAUCUGCUCGUCGGGAGGCAGCAUUGGUGAAAUUCCAGCAGAAGAGGAAAGAGAGAUGCUUCGAAAAAAAGGUUCGAUAUCAAAGUAGAAAAACGUUUGCAGAACAGCGGCCUCGAGUAAAAGGACAAUUUGUUCGUCAUCUGUCAAUCAACAAAUCUGAAGCUGGUGAAGAAAAAUGAUAGAUAUACAUGAAAUCUGCAUUCAGCCAUUACAAUAGGUAUUUCUUUCCAAAAGAAAGUUCAAGAUCAAGAAUUUUGGGUCACCACGAAGCUCUCCACACAUGAAAUCGACAAGUUCAUGAUUGGAUAGAUGAUGAGUUUUGAAGAAUGUCAUAGUUUGUGGCGAUUCUGUUCUCCACGUUAGUAGGAGCAGUUCUUGAUGAAUACGUUCUUAGUUGUUGAAAAGUAUACCAAUGUUUUAUGCGACUAGGUCAUUGGUAUCAAUGUCUUGGAUGGUAUUGGCUGUAUAUAUGUCUGAAGUUUGUAUUUUGCUUUAAAAACUGUAAAAUAUUCGACUCCAAGCUUGCAUAUCUUCACUCUAAAACUUGGAUUUAAAUGAUUUGCGAAAACAUAACCUGUAUGUUGGUCUAGUAUAAUGCAAUAUUAAAAGUUAAAUGAGAUGGACUAAGAAGAACGAACGCAUGUGUUCGACAUCAUUUCAUUA